AACAAGCUGAACUGAACCAAACGGCACGCUACGUACGGUAAUUUGAUUUCGUGACGUCACUUGGCGGCUCCCGCAGAUCAGCUGUGGCAGGGCAGAGCGACCAGAGCAGCAGCAUCGGACUGGUGGCGGUGUUCUAGCGUUCAAGCCAGGAACGCAGUUUUAAACCCACAGACCCGAUUCUACGUGGACAUGGCCGUGUAACGCGUUUCCGUGCGGAUAAAGGUCUCGAAGCACUGCGUAAAACAUGUCUUUGCUGACAGUUUCCAUUGAGUGGUAGUAAUCCAGCAUGUAGCAGAGGUGAACAAGUCCCUUCACGCCUGGGAACAAUCCGACAACAUAAUGGGGAAUUCAUACGCCGGGCAACUGAAAUCUGCUCGAUUUGAAGAGGCUCUCCACAACUCUAUUGAGGCAUCACUGCGGUCUAGCAGUGGAGAUCCACAGCCCAUCUUCACACAGCUCUACCUUGAGCCAGAGCUGUUUCCUGGUAACUUGGAAGACAUGAAGUCAAAAGCCGACCUCCAUGGUGGGGAGCCGCCAGGCCAGGAGCUUAUGAACGGCCACUCUUCCAACGAUCUGGUGGAGCUGGAGGACGAUGAUGACUCAGACAGCAGCAGCCCUCCGCUUCCCUACCUACAGACCCCUGCUCCGGACGACUGCUGCACAUUGGAUGGGUUCUGUCAGGCCGGCAAGGACCUCCGCCUGGUCUCCAUAGCAACGGAGUCCAUCGAAGUCCCAGCAGGCUUCGAGCUGGUCGGUGCAAAGUCCCCCAGCGUGCCCGAGCACAUCCUGGUGUGUGUCGUGGACCGCCGCUUUUUGCCUGACGAGAAUGGGAAAAAUGCACUUUUAGGCUUUUCAGGAAACUGUGUGGGCUGUGGGGAAAAGGGUUUCAGAUACUUCACUGAGUUUUCGAACCACAUCAACCUGAAGUUAUCCACCCAGCCCAAGAAGCAGAAGCACUUAAAAUACUACCUGGUGAAGAAUUCUCAGGGUGCUCUGUGCAAAGGACCCCUCAUCUGCUGGAAAGACUGUAAAACCCGCCAGUUCUCUAGCAGUGCAUCAACGUCCAAACCCAGCUCGUCCUCCUCUCUCAGCAGCAAAGAAAAUGGAGGCACCAGUGGACACAGCUCCUCUCCCUUCUCCCUCUCAGAUUCUCCAGACACCAGAACAAUGCAAGUAUCCUCAAUCUUUUUCGGGAGUCAGGACCUCAGCAGAGACUGCAGUUUCCCCAAACCUCUUUCAUCCCCAUCUGGAAACAAGACUCUACCAAUAGUGCCCACAGCUCUGAGGGUGAAUGGGCCGACAAAUAGCCUGGGUGUUGAUGGGCGUCCUCCCUUACUGAGCCCCUCCGUGGUCUCUUUAGGGCCACCAGGUCAGGGGUAUCGCAAUUCUGACUUAGGAGACAGUCCUGUAUCCUCUGCCAUGAACUCGGGUCCUCCAAAGAAGCGCCACCGGAGCUGGCAUCCCAACUCGUUGGUACCCGUCCCACCAACAGCCGUCCCUGUGCCGGCCCUCCGGCCGAUAGUUUGUUCUCCAGGUUCAGUAUUAGGAGUGGCCUCUCCUCAGCCACCAGUAGCAGGAGUCCUUCAGCCCCAACCUGUCAGCGCUGGAGAGACGGUCAUCGUCCCCGACAACCUGCUCAGCUCUUCAGGAGUUCGCCCCGUCAUCCUCAUCGGGCAUGGCACUUUACCUUAUUUUUAUGGGAAUGUCGGGGACAUAGUGGUGAGCCCCCUCCUGGUCAGCUGCUAUAAUAACGGCCAGUUGACAGAGAAAACCCUGGAGACGUUGGGCCUCAACAGCAGCCAGCUUCUCUGUGUGGAGACAAUGAUUCUGCUCACUUUACAGUAUCUUGCACGUUUAGGCUCGGUGCAGAUUCCUCUGAGGGAGGAGCUGGAGCAGAUUGUUUUGAAGGCCAUGCUGUGCUGUCCUAGGGGUCCCGCCAUCUCCCCGUCCCAGCUGCCCUGGUUAGCUCGGCUGGAAUCCAGCGUCUCAGGGGGCAGUGUCCAAGUCAUGGUUACCCAUAACUCUUUGGGAGAAGGCAUCUCUGAGUCACUUCGGUCUCUCAGUGAGGGUCCUCACAACCAGAAGUGCCUGCCAACCUAUGUUGUCAUUAUAUGUGCCUCUAAAAUGAGUGGCAGCGAGUUCUGUGUGCUAGUUUUGGGAAAGUACCAAGCAAGGGCCUUAGCUGAGGGGAUGCUUACAACCAAUGAGUUUCUGAAGGAAAUCAGUUACGAGCUCAUCACAGGGAAAGUCAGCAUCUUGGCAUCUCACUUCAAAACCACGUCACUAGGGGACAAUUUGGACAAGCAGCUUGUGCGAUACCAGCGCAGACGGAAGGGACAGGUCAUCCAGCCCUUCCAGAGCGAUGUCACUUACCACAUCCACUCCCAGGAGGCUGCCAGCAUGUCACCACCCUCAGACAGAGCAGAGCUGUUGUGUAAGGUCUUCCAGAUCUAUCCGACCCAGCUGAGCGUGGCUCGGAGUCUCCUCUCUCAAGUCUGCUCCAUCGCUGACUCAGGAACCCAGAACCUCGACUUGGGGCGUUUUUGUAAAGUGGACUUUCUUGUUCUGGUCCCUCCAUCUCACAUUCUGGUACACCAGACAGCACAGCGCAUACGACAAUCAGGAGUUCUUGUCGACCUGGGAAUCGAGGACGUCUGCACAGCCCACCAGAAAUCAGACAAGUACGUGGUGCGUCUAGACGGUGAAGUUCACGCCAAGAUGGAAGCCUUCAUGAGGAAAGUCAAGCAGAACCCCUACACCCUGUUUGUCCUCAUUCACGACAACUCUCACGUCGACCUCACAAGUGCUCUGUCAGGCUCUGUGUGCCACGGCGAGCUGCAGGGUUUGGCUGACCGGGUGGUGAACUGCCAGGAAGUCCUGGAUGCCAUGAACCUCCUGGUCCUGCAGGUCAGCUGCUUCCCGCACACACUGCAGACCCGCCAGUCCCGCAUCAGCAUCCACAACGAAGUUCACUGGCCCUCCAACGAAAGUCUGCAGGGGGAGCAGUUUCCUAAUGAGUUGCUCUACUUUGGCCUGAGGGACUACAGCAGCUCCCUGCAGUGGGGCGUGGCCAGCCCCAUUCUGCGUUGUGAUGAUGCCUUUGAGAAGAUGGUCCACACACUGCUGGAAAGGCAUCCGCACCUUCACAGCAUGGUGAUCCGCAGCUACCUGCUGAUUCAGCAGUACACUGAGGCCAUGAUGGCCCUGACCUCUUCCCCGUCGCUUAGAGACCACAUAACCCCAGAGACCCUGGCCAUGGUGGAGGACCUGAUCAACGCGCCAAGCAGAGAGGGCUCCCAGGGCCGUGGCCAUAUGCUGUUGGUUCGAGUCCCCUCACUACAGCUGGCAAUGCUGGCCCGGGAACGAUUAGAGGAUGUUAGGGACAAACUGGGCCUCCAGUUGUGCUUUGCCGUGCUGCUGGGAAGCCCGGCCUCGGAACUCAACCUGCCCAGAAACUUCACCAGCCGCCUCAAGGCCUGGAGAGGCUGUGAGAAUGGAGACUGGGUACCGCACACUUAUGAGGAUCUGGAAGGGCUGCCCUGCAUCGUUAUCCUUACAGGAAAGGACCCUCUUGGAGAAACCUUUCCGAGGUCUCUGAAAUACUGCGACCUGCGUCUGAUAGACUCCAGCUACCUGAGUCGUACAGCCCUGGAGCAGGAGGUGGGGCUGGCCUGCACCUAUGUGUCCAUGGGCGUGGUGCAGGAGCCCAAAAAUGCCAUGGCCCCUCGGGAAUCCGAAGGAGAAAAGGCCACCACCAGCUUGAAUGAUGGAGAAGAGCUGGAAAGGCCUCAGAGCAACGGCAGUGCUGCAACCAGAACAUCUGGCUCUUUUCCAGAGAACGGUGUCAGUUCAUCUGACGUUGCCGACUCUUGCCAAAAGCCCUCCACCUCCACCUGCCCCCCCGAAGGUGCCAUCACCUCCGACAUAAGCACAGUAACAUUAACACAAGGCUUCAAGCAGGAGUGUGAUUCCCUCGCAAGCCAGCUCUCCUCCAACCCCUCCAAAGCCCCUCCCUCUCUUUACUCCAGUUCCUCCUCUUCCUCCCCCUCCCAAUCGUCCUCAUCCACCCAGAGACCCAGCCAGUCCACACAGUGUGGUCGAGACUCUAAGCCCGCUCGGGUGUCACCGCGGACAGUCAUUUUGUCACGGGCGGCAUACAACCUGCUGGCGGGGGAGUCUGGGAGUCAGCUGAGCUCCUUCUCCCUGCUGCCUCAUGCAGAUGUAGCCUGGAGCAGCCCCCUGAGGCCCCUCAUCACUCACAACCUGCAGGGGGCAGAGCAGAGCAUUUACUACCGCCAGUGGACCAUCGCCAGGCAGCAUCACGCCGAUUACGAAGCUCCAUCUGUGCCACAUCCACGACGCCUGCUACUCAGUGGACCCCCACAGGUGGGAAAAACUGGUGCCUAUCUGCAGUUUCUUCGUAUCCUGUUUCGAAUGCUCAUCAGAUUGUUGGAGGUAGAUGUGUAUGAUGAGGAAGAGAAGGAGGAGGAAGAAGAAACAUUAGAGGUUACAACUCUAGUAAAUACCCAGUUGCCGGACAUUGAGGAAGUGCGAAAGCUGCCCUUUGACCCCUACCCCCGGGACCCUAAGUUCAGGAAGGCCAGCCCUGUUUACACUGACAAGAUGCCAAAGUGCUUAAAAGAUUUUAAGCAAGAAGGCGAGAGCCAAACACCAGCCAAACGAGAGACCAAGUCCAUACGUCUGAGCAGGUUUGCUGCCCACAAUGCCUUUCAUCACUGUGAACAGUGUCACCACUACUGUGAAGCAGGCCCUGCCACACAGCUGUCGGAGUGCACCUUCCAUGCUUUCACCUUCUGCUCGUCCAUGCUGGGGGAGGAAGUCCAGCUCCAGUUUGUCAUUCCCAAAGCCAAGGAGCAGCACUUUGUCUUCAGUCAGCAGGGCAGCCACUUGGAGAGCAUGCGCCUACCUCUGGUCUCUACCAAGGACCCUGAUGUGUUCAAGAGUCCAAUCUUCACCCCGACUACAGGACGCCAAGAGCACGGCCUGCUCAACAUUUUCCAUGCUAUGGAGGGUGCCAUUCAUCUGCAUAUUCUGGUGGUCAAGCAAUUUGAGAUGCCCCAAUACAGAAAGUACUGGCCCAACCACAUCCUGCUCGUCCUGCCAGCUAUGUUCAACAGCGCGGGAGUUGGUGCUGCUCGCUUCAUGAUCAAAGAGCUGUCAUAUCAUAACCUGGAGCUGGAGAGAAACAGACUCGAGGAGCAAGGUGUCCAUAGGCAAGAUGUAUGGCCUUUCAUCGUCAUGAUGGACGACUCCUGCGUGCUGUGGAACACCCAUCAGACAGCAGACAGCAGUGAGACUUCAGAUGGAACGAAUGUGUCCCUAAAGACAGUGCUGCAGCAUAUGGAAAACACACCGAAGAUCUCCCUGUACGCAAUGUGCGGUACACGCAGGUGGAGCAGCAGCCUGGCUCGCAAAUCUCCCAGCCACCCCUUCAGCCGGUGUCACCUCCAUGACUUUGUCAUGCUUAAUGUGGACCUGACACAGAAUGUUCAAUAUGACCUUAAUCGGUAUAGCUGUGAGGAGGUGGACUUUAAUCUAAGGGUGAACAGCAGUGGGCUGCUGCUGUGUCGCUUUAACUACUUUAACCUAAUGAAGAAACACAUUCCAGUUGGGGGAAACCAUGACUUCGUGGUCAAACCUAAACUCAUGGAAAUAGAAAACCCCGCCACAAUCAGCCCGUCGCAGUAUGUUUGCGCCCCAGACAGCGAGCAGACCUUGCUGGAUGCCCCGGCCCAGUUUUUGCUUGAAAAGUUCCUGCAAAGCUGUAGCCACAGACUGUUUCCCAAGGCUGUUCAGAACAGGAACAAUCCAGUUCUGGCCAUCGACAGCUACCUCAACAUCAGCCCGGAGAUUUCUGUGUGCUACAUCAACUCUCGUCCACACUCCACCAACCUGAACCAUCAGGGCCUGCUAUUCAGUGGCCUCCUGCUUUACCUUUGUGACUCUUUCGUCGUAUCUGGACUCCUCAAGAAAUUCCGCUUCCUCAAAGGCGCCACUCUCUGCGUGAUCUGCCAGGACCGAAGUUCCCUGCGUCAGACCGUCAUCAGAUUGGAGCUGGAGGACGAGUGGCAGUUCCGCCUGCGUGACGAGUUUCAGACGGCCAACUGCAGUGAGGACCGGCCCCUCUACUUUUUGACUGGUCGCCAUGUUUGAACUUGAAACAUCCUGGAUCAACUGCUCUGCUGCAGAAACACAAUCAGAAAUGAGGAUAGAUUUAAUUCCGAACCAACCAGCAAUUACAAUUCUUGCCAUUCCAAUGGAAGGUCAGAGGGGAUAUGCUGGAGCACAAGAUCCAAAGUGCCCCAUGAGUGGACACAAGGCCACCUAAUAUGGCUUUCCUUUAAUCUGUACUGCCACAGUGCACUACGCCUGGGUCAGUGCUUGUUUUAACGCUUGCUUGUAGCUGGGCUUCUCUCCACUUGAACUUGUGUUCUACUGAAUUUGCUGUGGGAAAAAAGCACAGCUGAAACUUUAUUUGUUUUGAUGUUCGCCGAAAUGGACGCUCUCAGAUCAAUGAUGUGACCGUUUGAAGAUUGUAUGUUGACUAUAGUGUGUCCCAUUCUGGACAUACGUGUUUAUCUCAGGGUUUUAAAGGUUGCUUGAAGGGACAAAGCUAUUCUCCAAGUUCACCGUGUAUUUUUGGAAUUAACUUAUGCUGGCACCAAAGGCAUCCUCAGCUGCCCCUUGCCUUUUCCUUUCGCUUUCCUUGUCCCUCCUUACCUGCUAUGCCUCUCAAACUCCACAAAGCUCAUUGACAAGUCAGCUCACUACAUUGAAGAAAUAUUAACAUAGAGUUUGGCCUGUAUUGGAUUUUCAUCAUCGAUCAUUUCAACUGCAAAUGGGGACUCUCUCUCUAUCUUGUGCCUCUGAAUAUAUUUAUGUGGCAUUAAUAAUCCUUCUGACGGGGAGCUGUAUGAGUGUGGUUUUAGUCUCUAAGUGACUGACCCAUUAAUUUAUCCAAAGACUUUAUUCACAACUAAAGAAAAGUACAAGUUGUCCUUGAAUGUAGUAUGAUAAUGUUCUAUUAUGGCUGAAAUAUAUACUGUAACUAUGAAGCAGGUCUGUUGUCCAGAACACACUUAUGUGACUUGCCACAGGGUUUUAUUGUACAACUCACAGCCGGAGCAACAUAAAUUACAUAUGUUUAGUAUUUAGGCAUGUACUGACUUAAAUACUGGGUAUUUUAAGCAUAAUCACAUUACGUCAGUAAAAUGCUGUAUAAUAAGCACGCCUCUUCACUGCCAACUAUCCUGCUGCGCCUGUGCCUGGGCUUUCACCUCCUUUCAAUGUUUCAAUGUUCUGAGGCUGACUGUGGCUACCAUCCACACAUUAAACUCACAAUCUGCCAUCUCUUGCCCCCAAACCAAAGGAUAAUCAAAGAAAGGGUAACACACUGUCAAAAGCAGAUGACCAGAUUAUUCCCUAUUCUUGAAAGUAGAAUGUUUUUAUGUUUCUGCACAGGGUUGUCCAAAGAAUAUGCCUUAAGUGACGUUUCAUACAGUCACCGCUCAAGUCACAAAUUUUUUUUGGACCAAUGAGAAUGAAGAUACCAUUAACUUGUGAGGCGAAGAAAUGUUGUUUGUCUGAGUGAAGCGAAAUUAAAUAAUUGGAUUUCGGACUACUGUACUGUUUAAAGCGUUGUUUACAUUAUUAAUAUAUUAUAUCAUCCCCUUAACCACUGAGGGUUACUGAUGUUUUUUUUAGUCUUGUGUAACUUUUGCCAGUAUAUUUUGAUCAUGAUGUCUUAUUGCAUUUUAUGUUAUGUUGCAAAGGCUAGAAAAAAAUCUACCUAGAUGUGUCCUUAACCAAUUGUCUGUAUCCCUACUUGUUCUUGUGUUGGAUUUUUAUUGAAAAUGAAAAUCAGGUCCAUGAGGGAUUCUUAUUUAUUUGACAAGCAUUUUGGACUGAUAAUCAUAUUGAAGUGUAAUAUUCGAUUGCAAGCUUGCCUAAACCAAGGGAGUGUGUCCUCUCCUCUUCAAAACCAUCCAUGAAGGCUUUGCACAAGACCUAAAUGAAUGAUUAUUAAAUCUACUGAAUGUCAUUAGGAGUAGGAAAUAUGAACUUGCAGAAUACAAGUUAAGACAGAUAAGACAUGUUUCUCACUAUUGAAUUAACCCCAAAAUGAGUCCAAAUAUGAGACUGGGGAUCAAAACAUUAACUUAAACUCCAAUGGUCCACAGAAUGUGUCUUUCCUUUUAAAAAUUGAACACUUAAUAUGAAACUUGCUCUCACAAUCUUCACUGAAAUGUGUUUGAUAACCAUGUGCAGCCCAGUGGUAGCCUUGUGUCUGGGUGAUCUACCUCAUUUUUGUGCUUGUGGGCUGUGAACAUAAUGACAUUUGAGCCAUGUUAUUGUUGUUAAAAGAUUAUUAAUGUAUUAAAAUGACUUCUAAAAUCA